UAUUCCCCCUCUUCUCUCUGGCCCAGCUGAACCCCAGGCGGAGCAGGCUUGACAGAGGUGCCCUCACCCAUGAAUCACUUUGUGCCCAGCCCCGCUGGGGUGUGGGAAGCCCGGGGAUGAAACGUGCCAGGUCCCUGGCAACCCUCUGGCCGGCGGCUGAGAAGGUGAGGUGGAGAGCAGCCAUGGAGCGACCAGGCCCAUCUGCGAGUCCUUUGUCAGCUAAAACCGCCUCCUUCCAGGAUGCUGUGCGCACACUGAACACCCUGCAGACCAAUGCUGGUUACCUGGAGCAGGUAAAGCGCCAGCGGGGUGACCCUCAGACACAGCUGGAAGCCAUGAAGCUGUACCUGGCCCGGAGUGGGCUGCAGGUGGAAGACUUGGACCAGCUGAACAUCAUUCACGUCACUGGGACCAAGGGGAAGGGUUCCACGUGUGCCUUCACCGAACGUGUGCUCCGCAGCUAUGGCCUGAAGACAGGAUUCUUUAGCUCUCCCCACCUGGUGCAGGUGCGGGAGCGGAUCCGCAUCAACGGGCAGCCCAUAAGCCCCGAGCUCUUCACCAAGCACUUCUGGCACCUCUACCACCGGCUGGAGGAGACCAAGGACGGCAGCAGCUGUGUCUCCAUGCCUGCCUACUUCCGCUUCCUCACACUCAUGGCCUUCCACAUCUUCCUCCAAGAGAAGGUGGACCUGGCAGUGGUGGAAGUGGGCAUUGGUGGCGCUUACGACUGCACCAACAUCAUCAGGAAGCCUGUGGUAUGUGGCGUCUCCUCUCUUGGCAUCGACCACACCAGCCUUCUGGGGGACACAGUGGAGGAGAUCGCAUGGCAGAAAGGGGGCAUCUUCAAGGUACCAGGCAGUCCUGGGGAGAGGAGGUACCUGGACGGCCUGGGCCUGGCCCUCAAGGCUCAGCAUGGCGUCCCUGCCUUCACGGUGCUCCAGCCUGAUGGUCCCCUGGCAGUGCUGCGGGACCGUGCCCAGCAGAUCUCCUGUCCUCUCUACCUGUGCCCACCACUGGAAGCCCUGGAGGAAGGGGGGCCACCGCUGACCCUGGGCCUGGACGGAGAGCACCAGCGGUUCAACGCCGCCUUGGCCUUGCAGCUGGCUCGCUGCUGGCUGCAGCAAAAGGGCCACCAGGGCCUCGGGGAGCUGAAGGUGUCUCGGCCCAGCGUCUUGCGGCAGAUGCCCCUGGCACCCGUGUUCCAGCCCACGCCCCACAUGCGGCAUGGGCUUCGGGACACGGAGUGGCUGGGCCGGACGCAGGUGCUGCGGCGCGGGCCCCUCACCUGGUACCUGGACGGCGCGCACACCACCAGCAGCGUGCAGGCCUGCGUGCGCUGGUUCCGCCAGGCGCUGCACCGCGGCCAGAGGCCCAGCCGCGGCCCUGAGGUACGCAUCUUGCUCUUCAACUCCACCGGGGACCGGGAUUCCGCGGCCCUGCUGAAGCUGCUGCAGCCCUGUCAGUUUGACUAUGCUGUUUUCUGCCCUAACCUGACAGAGGUGUCGUCUGCUGGCAACGCAGACCAGCAGAACUUCAUGGUGACCCUGGACCAGGUGCUGCUCCGUUGCCUUGCACAUCAACAGUACUGGAGCCACCUGGCUGAGGCGCAGGCCAGCCCAGACCUCUGGAGCCCCCCCAGCCCGGAGCCUGGUGAGCCCACAUCCUCGCUGCUGGCUUCCCACCCACCCUGCACCCAUAGCACCAGCUCCCUCGUCUUCAGCUGCAUCUCCCACGCCCUGCAGUGGAUCAGCCAAGGCCGGGACCCUGUCCUUCAGCCACCCAGUCCCCCACAGGGCCUCCUUGCCCACCCUGUGGCAGGCAGCGGGGCCAGUGUGCUCCGUGAGGCUGCCGCCAUCCAUGUACUGGUCACGGGCAGCUUGCACCUGGUGGGCGGCGUCCUGAAGCUGCUGGAGCCUGCCCUGUCCCAGUAACCCAGGCAGUGGGGGGUGGAAGUGGGGGUCUCCCAUGCCUGCCCUGCAGCUCUCCAUGAACUCCUGUUAGGUGCCUUUUGUCAGCUUUUCUGAUGCUGUCCACACUGGCCCAAGGGCCUGGGCUCUGGGCAGCAAGAUCGAGGGCUAGAGCAGGGGAGGCCAAGAUAGGACAUCCUCCGUCUGAGCCUAGGGUGCCUUUGGCCUCUCCUUCCUCCUGAGGCAACCCGAGGGCUUCCUGGUUCUCCCACUGUUGUAGCAGGCCAGACUAUGCAGCCCACCUCCCUUGCCACCCUUGCCUGCCUCCUGGCUCCAGCCCAGCUUACUAUGCGAGCUGCCUGGCCAGGCCUAGAGUCCUGCUGGGUGCUGGUUGAUAGAUUACCUCUUAGUGGCCUUCUGGGGAAGAGAGGGCUCCUGCCUGGGGCCCACUAGAGACAGAGGAUGGCUGGAGUCAAUUAAAGCCUUUAACUUUUUUUAAAAAAAAA